AUGUUGUCUACUACGAACAGAAAUUCUUUAAAGUUAGGUGACAUUGAAGAGAACUUAGUUGCAAUAACACCGGUUUUUAACGGCACUACAAAUGGAGUAUUGCAUUUGACAACUGGAAUUCUUUAUCAAAUGAACAUCGAACAUAGAAAAUAUGAUACACAGAUCAAGUAUACUAUUAAUGGAAAUUUUAAUCUCACUACAUCAACAGGAAAGCAUGAUGAUCACAGUCAGUUAUGGUAUUUGAUUCCGGUGACGACAGCUACUGGCAAUGGCACGGAUGUGCCGCACGUUGGAUACCGGAUUAAAAAUGCCAAAACAGGCAAAGUUAUUACAUGUGAUGGAAUGUGCUGCUUGUUGAAUAGCGCAGUGAUGUCACUACAAUAUGAUGACCCCUCGAAAUACACUGAUCUGAAACGUCUCUGGACAUUGACUCCUGUCUCCACAUCAAAAGACAAAUAUGAACUAUGCAAUCAGCACACUCAGCACCAUCUGUCAUUGGGACCUGUCAUUGGUACACAAUUACUACCGCCGUAUAUUCGAUGUUCAAAAACGGCUGGUGAUCUAAUUUCAUUUUCAAUGCCAUCCGUCAUAUUUGACGGUGCAAUCUCGGGAAUAGAAUUUGAUUUGCCAUUACCGCAACUAUUGGCGGCAUCGGCUGACAAUAUUUUAAUUUCAUCUCAAAUUAUUCGAAAUCAAACUUCGAAUACCACACAUAGUGAAUGCAUAACGCAGAGUAUCACUCGUACCAGUACAUUUCUUUAUUCAUUUAAAGAAUCAUUAAAUUGUUUAUCGGGAAUUUCCUUCAGAGCUGCAAUUCCACUUGUUUCAACUGCUGGCGGAAGUAUGAUUGACAUAAAAUCGGAAGUAGGCGGGGAAUCGCAACAGCAGUGGACAGAAACGCGACAAGAGACUUAUUCAAUAUCGAAAACCAUUACUGUGCCACCUAACGAAUGUAUAGAAGUCAAAUCAUUUGUCAAGUGGAUUGAGAAUAUAUCGGUUACAUUCAAAGCCAAAAUAAAAAUUUCUGGUCGAUGUCAUCGGCUCAGAGUAAAUAAUGGACAAGUUGUAGAAAACCAACCAAUGGACAGAAAUAUGAUACAACAGUAUUUGAAAAUGAAUUCCUUUCAAGGACGAAUACUUUCAGACACAGAAGACGACAGUAUUACAGCUGAAUUAACGGGCGUGUUUAGAGGCAGUUAUGGACUGGGAACCGAUACACUACUGAGUAAUAUAUAA